GGCGACCACCGUGACACCGCCCAGUGGCGGUUCGACGAAGUACUACGCGAACAAGCUGGUGAGAGAGUUCGGGUGGAUCUGCAAGAUGAUUUGCGACUGGUUUGCGAAUAUGCACUGCAAAAGUGUCGUACUAGUAUGAUUCGCAUGACAGAUUUGCUCAGCAUGACAAAUGAAAAUGCAAUUUGUAGUGCUGUUUUACCUUGGGCAGAAGAUUUGUCAUACGUAUUUGCAAUUAAAGUACGAGUGCGAUACUUUUGUACAGGAUAGCGAAGGCAGUCCCAGGCGUCGACCCCUGUGUGGUUUACACCUAUACAGUACGCAUUGCAAAAAGUGUCUGGGUCUAGAAAACUGGAACUUGUGUUCGCAUGAUGUUUUUGCAUUCCUGAAAAAUUUGUAUUGGUAUUGCAGUUGCACUACCAGCAAUGGCGCCACUUUAUUUUUCGUCAUGCAAAUAAAACAAAAACUUGGCAGGUAGUUGUCAUGCGUGCUACGCAUGAGACGGCGUCAAGUUGGAAAUUUGUCAUGCUUGGCUGCACUGGAGAUAGCAUAGCCAGACAUAUCCAUACUUUAGCGUCACAAAUUUCAUCUCCAGACCGCGACAUAUUUCCAUUUGAUAGACAGGCUCGGAGUACGACUGGGCUCCCGCGACCUGCCGGCCGAUAUCCACAGUAAAAAAAUUCCCGUACACGUACAAAUGCAGUCUCUGCAUGACAAAUACUUGGCUUCGAUCCUGCUAGUUUAGCAUGACAAGUGUUACGCCCCAAAUUGGUGAAAUUUGUGAUGCAUGUUUAUACAUGUACGGGAAAUUUGUAGUACUGCAUAGCCGAAAAGUCGCAAGCACAAGGGCCGGUCGCCCGCCGCCCAGGAUGUGGAGCCGGGGGACCAAGACGGGGGAAAGGAGCACGUGUAUUCCAACGUGUGCGUGCCCCGUGCGUGCGACGGUCUAGGGAAGGCAUAUUGUCAGACCAUCUACAACGGCAACGCUGAUGGGGGCAUUAUUUGGGUAGACCCGAACCAGUCGUCCAGCUCCAGCACGAUUCCGCCGCAAACGACUGACCCGAACCUCACGAAGACUGACUCUAGCGGCGCGACGACUGACUCUAGCGGCACGACGGUUCACCCAAGUCUGACAACGAUUGACCCAAGUCUGGCGACGACCGACCCGAGCCUGACAACCGUUGACCCGUAUCCACAAUGAACAAUUUUUUACCGAGUUCACGUACGCUGCGGGUUCUGUUGCAUGACUCGAUCCUACUUAGCGUGGCAACUGUUUAGUGCACUCUAAGUUGGCGAAACUUGUGAUGCAUUUUGUACGUGUGCGGGAAUAAUAAAUUUGCAUUGCAUAAGCCGAAUGCGCACAACAUCAACGGAAACGACAAAACGAGUACGCCGGACCCGUUCAGCCAAAAUGCCACGAUAUCAAAUGCAAAUAUGUCAGGGUCUGGAAUAAAGUUGUUGUUAUGCUGAAGUGCGGAUGACUGAAACGCUUCCGAACGAUGCAGCCAAGCAUGACAAGUUCUUGCACCUCUGUCGCAUAGUGCGUGGUCCGCAUGAAAAACGGCGUUUUUGCAUGGGGAAAAAGAACGCUGCGCGUUUGUUGGUCAUGCAACACCAACACAGAUUCAUUUAACGUAAGACCACAACCCGCAUCACAAGUUCACGUUUUAUUCCGGACCCAGACAUGAUAUUUGCAAUGCAUACGCGAAUGGAUCGAGCGACCUCCUAACCGUCUCUCCGGACGAAGGCGGAUUUGACCUGGAGGAGUGCUUUCCCUUAUCGCAAGAAAAAAGUGUUUCAUACGUGAACUUGCGAUGCAGGAAGUGGAACGCAACACUGUUUGUCUUGCUACACAUGCAAGACAUAGGAUUUUUAAGCGUGUUUUCACUUGGGAAGCGCGCGUGGCAAAUUUUCUGUGUCAUGUGCUGUAACAAUCUUGUGACGCAGAUCUUGCAAAAUCAUCACAGUGAAGCACUUUUUUUGUACGAUGCCGCUGCUGGCUCUGGCCUUUGUUGGCCUUGGUGCUGCUGCUGUUGUUGCUCCUGUUGCUCUGCUGCUGUUGCAAGAGCGACGAGGAGGAUGAAAAAGCGGAAGAACCUAUCCUGAGUAAAAACGUCCCCACCCCAGAGUUGUGAUGCAGAUUUGCAAAGACACGAAGACUUGUAAUGAGCAUCCCCAUGAGUGCCAUUUCUAAUCGUGUUUUGGAAUUUGUGAUGCUGUAAACAGGAUGAGCAGAUGAAUCUGUGAUGCGGCUGCACUUGCUAACCUGCCCUACAAUGCGGAGCGCAACUUGUCAUGCGUGAUUCCCAAAGCUCCUAGGUUUGUGUUGCAAAAUCCCCAUCCUGACUCUGGUGUGGGGACGUUUUUACUCAGGAUAGAACCCGCCAAGGAUCCAACUUCGUCGGACGGCGAGUACAAGGAGCAGCCGAAAAUACCCUCGGUCGCAAAGGAAGAGAAGCCGAAAAAAGAGAAGGUGAAGUCCUAUGGAUGUGUCAGGAUUGAAAUCGACAAAGUUGAAAUAGCUUGCGAUGCAUAAAAUGGAUGAAAGUUGUGACCCAGUUUGCAAGUGGCGCAUGACAAAUUUGGGUAGAACCGAAAUCCAGUCUGUCAUGCUGUUUGGGUCAGGAAGCCGCCUCUUGUCAUGUUACUUUAGCAGCUCAGUUUCUGCCCCUCAACAGGCUUGCAAUCUGCCUCACCUGCCUACUCUGCAAGACAGGCACUUUCUUUGUGGGCUGCAUUUUAUGCAUUACAAGUUAUUCUUAUUUCAACUUUGUCGAUUUCAAUCCUGACACUCCCAUAAGUUCAAGCCCCCAAGUAGCGCUCCCCCCUCAACGCCGUCGGAGCCGGACCUCCCGCCUGCAAAAGCCUCCAUACCCGAUGUGGAUGUGCCCCCGCCGCCACCUAUGCUUUCACCCCCUAUGCACUGCAAAAGCAUCGCACUAGUACAACUCGCAAUACAAAUUGCCUCAGCAUUACAAAUUAAAUUUGUAAUGCGGAUUUACCUAACCAACUAGAUUAAGAUUUGUAAUGCAUAACUGCGAUUACUACGAGCGCGAUACUUGUUUUGCACAGGAUACCCCCUUCCUCCGAGCAAGACGAACCACCUAUCAAAUGCAAAAAUGUCUGGGUCUGGAAGGUUGGAACUUGUGAUGCUAGCUUUGGACUCUAAAGAAAAUUGCAUUGCAUGACCAGCAAGAGGUGUCUAGUUUGUGCUACGCGGGGAGGGCGUUUGUCAUGCGGAGUAGGCAUCAGGAAGACCUCUAAAAGUUUGUGAUGCUGGGUCGUGCGCUACAGACAUCCUGUGUCAUGCAAAGUAUGCAUGAAGACAGGUCUCAGAAUCUUCCUGACCCAGACACUUUUGCAUUUUGAUACCACCGCCACCACCGCUGCCUCCCAAGGUGGAACACGUGGCAAUCCCGGAGACCAUUAACGCGAAGGAAUUUUUUAUGGAUGUGUCAGGAUCUUCGAAAUCGGUAAAGUAAAAGUUGAAAUGAUUUGUCAUGCAUAAAUUGGAUGCCAGUUGAAACCCAGUUUGCAAGUGGCGCAUGACAAAUGUUGGUGGUGCCUAAAUCCAGUUUGUCAUGCUGUUUAUGCAAAGAAGACCGAUGUUCUCAUGCUACUUUAGCAGCCCGAGCUCUAACCCCAAACAGGCUUACAAUCAGCCUCACUUGCCUGCUCUGCAACACACGCACUUCGCGUCAUGCAUUUUAUGCAUUACAAGUUAUCUUCUCAACUUUGACGAUUUCGAUCCUGACACUCUCUCCCAUAUUUUUCAAGAUCGCGGACGUACAGGCACUAGAGGUGUUGAAGGGGAGCGGGUUUAAGGAUCCGUAUCUAACUAUGGAUUGCAAAAGUGUCUGGGUCUGGAAGAAUUGGAACUUGUGAUGCUGCAUUUGGAUUCCAAAAAAAUCUGUAUUGCAUGAGUACCAAAGGAAAUGCAAUUUUUGCUGCGCUGAGAAGGCAUUUGUCAUGCGGAAUACGCAUCAGGAAGCCCUCAAAAAAUAUGUAUUGCUAGGGUAUGCAUCACAGAAUUCAUGGCUCAUGCAAAACGUGCAUGACAAGUGUCAGAAUCUUCCAGGCCCAGACAUUUUUACAGUUGAUACUGACGAGGCUCGCCACCGCGGUCUCCUCCAAACACAUCGACAAACGGGACCUGGUAUAAACUGCAAAUAUGUCUGGUGGGUCAGGGAGGAUGCAACUUGUGAUGCUACCUUUGGACCCUACAUAAAAUCUGUAUUGCAUGCACACCAAAAGCGGUCCUGUUUUUGCCAAGCAAAGAGGGCAUAAUUUCUCAUGCGGUAUGAGCAUCAGAAAGCUUUCGCAGAAUCUGUGGUGCUAGAGCAUGCAUCACUGACGUCAUGGGUCAUGGAAAAUAUGCAUUAGAAAAAUUUUAACUUGGCACUUUGCCAAGGAGACCUCCCAGACAUAUUUGCAAUGCAUACCUGGUGCCCGAACCGGAUCUGUAUAAUUUGAAUGUGUACAAGAAGCUGAAGCUCGGGAAGGGCAACUAUGGAAGCGUCAGGAUUGAAAUCGUCAAAGUUGAAAUAGUUUUAAUUUGUCACGCAUAAAAUGGAUACCAGUUGGAAGCCCAAUUUCCAAGCGUCGCAUGACAAAUUUUCGGAGCACCGGAAUCCAAUUUGUCAUGCUGUUUGGGCACAGAAGACUGCUUUUGUCAUGCUCUCUAAGCAGCUCUAUUUCAAACCCUAAAUAGGCUCGCAAUCUGUCUCACUUGCCAUCCCGGCAAGACAGGCACUUCAUGCCUUGCAUUUUGUGCAUGAGAAACUAUGUCAACUUUGAUGAUUUCAAUCCUGACACUCCCAUAGCAACGCGACCGUGGGUAUGGUGCGGGACUUCAUGCUAUCAAAUGUAAAAAUGUCUGGGUCUGGAAGAUUGCAAUUUGUCAUGCUGUUUUUGGACUCUAAAAAAAAUUGUAUUGCAUGACCAGCAAAAUGGGUACAGUUUUUGCUACACAGACAGGCCAUUUCUCAUGCGGAAGGUGCAUCAGGAAGCCCUCGAAAAGUCUGCGAUGCUAGUUCAAGCAUUACAGGCAUUAUGGGUCAUGAGAAAUAUGCAUGACAAAUCUUGCAUUCUUCCAGACCCAGACAUUUUUACAUUUGAUACAUGCUGGGGUUGUGGCGGCACAGUAAGCCCGCGGGAUUCACCUUGCAGCUGGACGCCGUGCUGGGGAACGAGGAGGUCCAACGCCGCUCCAGAAUGACCACCGCCCGCGGUAGCGUCAUGCGACAAAGCGCACUGAGCCCCCAAGGCUCCUCGAUCCGGGUGAGCAAUUUGGGGUACUCUUCCUCGGUAUCAAAUGCAAAUAUGUCUGGGUCUGGAAGAUGGCAACUUGUCAUGCUAAAUCUGAAUCAUGCAAAAAAUCUGCGUUGCAUGAUUACCAACAGCCGUCCUUUUUUAGUAAGUUGAGAGGGAAUUUCUCAUGCAGGACAGGCAUGAUAGCGAUCUAACAGAAUCUGUCAUGCUUGGUGCUGCAUUCCAGACCUCAUGGGUCAUCGAGAACCUGCGUGACAAAUCUUGCAUCCUUCCGGACCCAGACAUAUUUGCAUUUGAUACUCGGCCCUGCAGCGCGGCAGUGCUUUGAACCAAGAGCAGUCCAGCGCCCGGGCGAGCAAACUCGGGGGCGGGCACAGCAGUCACUUUGACGGCAGGCAUAUGACACCCUCAGAAUGGAAAUCCUCAAAGUGGAAGUAAUUUGUGAUGCAUGAAAUGCGACACCAAAAAGACUGUAUUGCAGAGAACGCAAUGGAGGCCGACUAUUGUGCUUCUACGGGUUCAGAAUUGGGCUCCUGAUUAGCAUGAGAGGAGGGCACCCCUUUGCCUAACUAGCAUGACAGACACGUUUUGAGUGCCCGGGAAAUUUGUCAUGCGCCGACUAUAAAUGGUGCUCCAACUGGAGUCGUUUUUUUGCAUUACAAAUUAUUUUCACUUUGAGGAUUUCCAACCUGAGGCUUUCAUAGGGCAAGUGGCAAGUCUGAAGCACAGCGGUGGAAAGCGCAAAAGCGGAAGGAAAAGCGACACCAGUGGGGACGAGUCCGAAGUCUUGCACGGAGAAACGAUAUCAAGUGCAAAUGUGCCUGGGUCUGGAAAAUAUGUGGAACUUGUGUUGCAUCUCUAGCAUUCCUGAAAAAUCUGUGCUGCGUAGCCAGCAAAGGCGUUUCUUUUUGUAUAUGCAAAGACGCAGUUUGUCAUGCGUGAUACGCAUCAGACGGCGUGAAAGAAACUUGUCAUGCUUGGCUGCACUUGAAAGCGCCAGACUCAUCGAUACUUUAGCAUCACAAGUGUCCAGACCCAGACUGACACAUUUGCAAUGCAUAAACGAUCGCAGCUUCGGUAAAGUUAGCCAAGUUCCGACCCUCCGGGAUAUGCAAUGCAAAUUUAUUGUUCCUGUACACGACGCACAUGUUGUACAAGAUGCAUGACUACAAUAUGAUUUCGCCACCUUGGAGCAGUGUGCCACCUGUCCUGCUGAAUAAGAUUGAAAGCAAGUUCUGUCAUGCAGAAUCUGCAUUUGCGCAGCAACGUCGUGUGCGGGGAUAUUGAAUUUACUGUGGAUAGGGGAAGAAUGCCGCGUAUAAGGCGCUAGAAGGACAGUUUUCAGACAACACUUUUCAACCGAACGAUGCCAAGAGGUCCAAUGCGAAACACAAAAAAGUGAAACUCUCGUCGAAAAUGAAAUCGAAAUCACCGAAAUCGACCGCUUCGAACAAGUGAGGAGGAUAAUACUCGAAAACUGAAACUUUUUAUUUUCGACGAAGAUAGUGCAACUACAAGGUUGUGCACGAUUUUCCAGCUGCAGAUAGUUGGUUCAUAAUCACAGAACCUUCACCGACUUUUAGUUUUAAAGUUUUGAUUACACGUUUCAUACAAGCAUUGACUCUUUUUUGUUUCAUCUCAGUUUACGUUUACCAAAUUUUACAGAAUUUCAACAUUUUUCGUUACUCUACCUCAUGCAAUGUGUUCAAAGUUGGAUAGCCGACGAUGAAGAAAUUAUGUCGACUUAUGUCUUUACGAAAUUCAAAUUGAUUCUCUGUACUAACGAGUUUCACGUUAGUAUGGUGUUGUCAAUCUUCUUUGUAGCUUACGGAUACAGCUUGGUUAAUAUGGUUUCAGUUAUUAUCAUGGACAUGGAGCGAUGUUGGCAACAAGAAGGGAUGCCAAAAAUGUGCAAUACCAUGUCACGACACAUCGGAACAACUGUACACUAUUGAGUUGAAGAGUAGUUAGAAUUCAAGAUCUUAUAAAAACCGCGUAGUGCGAAGAUGCCUGCUUGGACCGGUCGUGGCGCCUCGCCGACGUCUUCUUGUCUCCUGUACAAAAUGUGACCAGAACAAGCAACUGGUGCAGCAACCGGGGCUAACACUUUUUUGUGGUCCAGGACGAGGAUAUAAUUAUUUCUUUCGAAUGAUGCAGCUGGAGCUGCAUCAUGGUCAUCUCGGUGUACAACCAUCCGACGUCUCGGUUUUGAAGGUACUAGCACUACCAGCAGUGCUGUCAGCGUGGUAAAAGUCAAUCUAGUUUGGCUUUGUUUUUUUUUACUUUUCUUUUUCACGGUUGAGAGCUCUGAUAAUCCGAAGCCCGAUGAUAUGAUGAGGAAAGGACUGCAAGAAAAGCGAUGCAGUAGUUUUGGUCCCAAGAUGAAAUAAUUCUUUUUUCUCGAAGUACCCAUGGAAGAAAAAUUCAAGAGCCCGCCGACGUGGG